AUGUCAGAACCUACUAACUCUGCAAAAAGAACAUUAGAAAAUGAGGCUAUCGUUGUCGAGGAGUCUGCCAAAAAAUUGAAGACUGAACCAUUAAUGGUCGGUGGACUAAGGGAAGCAGACGUUGGUAUCACUUUAUUUUUAUCAUCUGGACUUCCAGGGUUUAGUGGUCAAAUUAAACAAAGAUAUACUGACUUCUUAGUUAACGAGAUCAAUAAGGCUGACGAAGUUGUUCAUUUGACCGAUAAGGGUUUCAAGAUGCCAAAGAAGCCUCAACCAUCCAGGGAAGAAGUGAGAGCUCAACGUGAAGAAGAAGCUUCAAGAAGACAAGAUUUUAAAGUUGAACCAGAACUAAGGGUUCAAUUAGUUGAAAUUUUUGGAGAAGAUGAUGUUGUAAAAAUUGAGGACGUUUACCGUAAUGCUCAAACCAUGGAAACUACCAAAUCAUUUGAAGAAAAAUCUGUUAGAACUAAAAUCCAUCAAUUGUUACGUGCUGCGUUCAAUAACGAAUUAGAGUCGGUUACUUCUGCUGAUAAUACAUUCAAGAUUGCCAGAAGUAAUAAUAAAUCAAGAGUUAGCAAACAAGUAUUGGUCGAUCAAAGUAAAGAUGCCAAUGGUGUAGAAAAUUGGGGAUAUGGUCCAACCAAAGAAUUUUUACAUUUUACUCUUCAUAAGGAAAACAAAGACACCAUGGAAGCUGUCAAUACAAUUACCAAGUUAAUGAGAAUUCCAAAUAAACUUAUUAGAUUUGCCGGGAACAAAGAUCGUAGAGCUGUUACUUGCCAAAGACUUUCAGUCUCCAAGAUUGGUGUUGAUCGUUUGAAUGCUUUGAACAGAACUUUGAAAGGGUUAGUUAUCGGGGGGUACAAAUUCGAAGAUACUAGUUUAAGUCUAGGUGAUUUAAAUGGUAAUGAGUUCGUCAUAGUUAUCAGAGAUGUGAGCGUUUCAGAAACGUCUGCCUUAUCUCUUGAACAAAUUCUAGCAAAUGGUUGUCAAUCAUUAUCAGAAAAGGGUUUUAUCAAUUACUUCGGUAUGCAGAGAUUCGGUACUUUCAGUAUCUCCACUCAUGAGAUUGGUAAAGAAUUACUUUUAAGUAAUUGGGAGAAUGCUGUCAAUUUGAUUCUAUCCGAUCAGGAUAACGUUUUACCAAAAUCAAAGGAAGCAAGACAAAUAUGGGCAGAAACUAAGGAUCCAGUUCUUGCAUUACAAAAAAUGCCAAGACAAUCGCUUGCCGAAAAUUCCAUUCUACAUUCCUUAUCUACUCAAAAGAAAGAAGAGGACGGCACUUUUUCUUCUUUUGCUUAUUAUACUGCCAUAAUGAAAAUUCCAAGGAACCUUAGAACAAUGUAUGUUCAUGCGUAUCAAAGUUUUGUUUGGAACGCCAUUGCAAGUAAAAGAAUCGAAUUACACGGUGUAGAAUUGGUUGAAGGUGAUCUUGUUAUUGAUACAGAAAACACAAAAUCACCUUCUGCCCAAGAUGAAGAAGACGAUUUUGACGAAGAUUUACGUGAAGAUGAAUUUAUUCGUGCCAAGCCAGUCACUCAGGCCGAUAUUGACUCAGGAAAGUUCAGCAUUACAGAUGUCGUUUUACCAACUCCAGGUUUUGACAUUAUUUACCCAACUAAUGAAGAAUUGCGUAAAUUGUAUACCGAAAUCAUGGCUAAGGACAAUAUGGAUCCAUUCGAUAUGAGGAGAAAGGUUCGUGAAUUUUCUAUGGCUGGUUCUUAUAGAAAAAUAAUCGAAAAGCCGGAACAACUAGAUUAUAGAAUUGUCCAUUAUUCGAGUCCUACCCAGCAAUUAGUCAAUACAGAUCUUGAGAUAUUAAAUAACCAAGUCGCUAAAGAUAACUGUCAAAAAUACAUGAAGGAUAAACUAGAAAGGUAUAUCCCAGAUAAGGGCGGUGAUAAAACCGCCGUCAUUCUAAAAUUCCAAUUAGGUACAUCGGCAUAUGCAACUAUGGCGUUACGUGAAUUGAUGAAGCUAGAAACAUCUCGAAGAGGUGAUAUGUGUGACAUCAGAAAUUAG